AUGGCAAUCGAUAUACUCCCACUCACAAAAGCCGAUAUCCCCGACGCCGUAGUCUGCAUCCAAAAGGCGUUCGCCGACGACCCCUACUUCCGCUGGGUCUUUGACGACCCAUCCAAACCCGCCUCCCUAACAGCCCACUUCCUCCACGGCCUCAACUGCAGCGCCCCCAUCUACAUCGCCAAAUACCGCCCCACCCCAACAGACAAGCACCCGCCCCCGUCCUCCCCCGUCGUCGGCGUCUGCUGGUGGUUUCCCCCACAGCAGAAGGAAACCUGGACCACCUGGACGCAAGACUGGAUCCUGUCCUUCCGGCAGCUCCUCAACAACAUCCGCUUCUGCGGCCGCGGCGGGCUGAAUGUCCGCCGCUACUGGAUCUGGAAGGCGCUGCAGGCGCGCACGCACGCGGAGCUCUGGACGCACCCGGCGGGAUACUACUUCUGUAAUGUGAUUGCGGUGAGCGCGGAGAUGAGGGGGAUGGGGGUUGGAAGGAGGCUGGUGGAGGCUGUGACGGGGCGGGCGGAUGCGGAGGGCGUGCCGUGUUACCUGGAGAGCUCCAAGGGGGAGCCGAAUCUGGGGAUCUAUGAGAAGUUGGGGUUUAGGGUGGUCAAGGAGAUUGAGUGUGUGGAUGGGUGGAAGGCUUGCAAGUUGUAUUGCAUGGUGCGGGAUCCGAAGGUCCAGAUCAAGGCGUGA